UAAUGGAGAGGGUGCUGAGAUGGGAAUUCAGGAGGUUUCUCUGCACCUGGUGAGGAGUCAGUCACAGGGGCUGCGGGGAUGGAGGGAGUCUUUUGUACCUGCAGGGGAAACUCUUAGUCUGUGGUCACCCUACAGAGCUUGCUUACAGCUCUCUGGUCAUCCGGGUCUAACCCGGUCAGGAUCCGGGGGGGUUUCAGAUCCCUGGAAGGCCGGUCUGGGAGCACGGCACAGCCUGCUCCUCUGCUUCCCCGCGGCUGCAGCUGCCGGGGCUGCAAGGCUCAGUAACAGCAUGUCAGUCUGCUGACUGAUUCUGGCUGAUCUGCUGAAGACCCAGCCAUCUCUCUGAGGAAAUGGAUGCAUCUUCCCAGAAAUGCCCAGUCAAAAAGCGAGUGAAAAUUCAUCCCAACACAGUAACAGUGAAAUACACUUCUCAUUAUCCCCAGCCAGGAGAAGAGGGAUAUGAGGAUGCUAAUGAAGACACUGGAGUAUUUCUGGAGGAUAAUCCUAAGAAAAGACUACUGAGCGAUGGGACAAAGAGAGAAAGGACCUUUUUUGGUACAAUAGACACCAAGCUUCAGCCAGCACAACUGCCAAAACCCGAGGAGACCGGGCAAUCCCAGCAUUUUGCUGAAGGAAAUGGACUGCAGUCGAUGAAAACAUGGGUCGUCCUUUUUGGAUCUGCGGUGGCUCACGGCUGCGUGGCUCUAAUUACAAGAUUAAUUUCGGAUCGUUCCAAGGUGCCAUCCCUGGAGUUGAUUUUCAUCCGUUCAGUCUUACAGGUGCUGUCCAUCGCUGUUGUGUGUCAUCACCACGAGCCUCCCUUUGGCCCUAAAGGCUACAGACUCCGCCUCUUCUUCUACGGGGUCUGCAACGUUCUCUCGAUCACCUGUGCUUACACCUCCUUCUCUAUCGUUCCCCCCAGCAAUGGGACCAUUAUGUGGAGGGCUACCACAACAGUGUUCAGUGCCAUUUUGGCUUUUUUACUCCUAGAUGAGGGCAUGGAUUACAUAGACAUCAUCACUGUAGUUGGCAGCGUGUUUGGUGUUUGUCUGGUCAUGAUCCCCAACAUCGUUAAGGAGGAAUACUCGUUGCUGAGCACCUGGAAGGAAGCUUUUGGCUAUACCAUGACUGUUAUGGCAGGUUUGACCACUGCUCUUUCCAUGAUAGUCUACAGAUCAAUCAAAGAUAACAUCAGCAUGUGGACGGCGCUGUUCACCUUCAGUUGGACGGGAACCGUGUGGGGAGCGUCCACCAUGUUCUUGCUUCAAGAGCCAAUCGUCCCACUGGAUGGAGAAACCUGGAGCUAUCUCCUUGCCAUCUGCCUGUGCUCCACAGCAGCUUUCCUGGGGGUCUACUACGCCCUGAGCAAGUUCCACCCUGCUUUGGUGAGCACUGUGCAGCACCUGGAGAUCGUCAUUGCCAUGGUCCUACAGCUGCUCGUGUUGCGGAUCUUCCCAGGCGCUUAUGAUCUUGUCGGGGGAGCAGUUAUUUUGGUUAGUGUUUUUUUCCUUGCAUGUUAUAAACUGUCCUGGAAGAAUUUAGGAAGACAAGAUUACCAGGAGAUUGUGGGUUCUUCCAUUAAAUGAAUUGUCGUUUUGCCACCUGAUUCUGGCUACGUG